CGGGCCGAGCGGGCGGAGCGAGCCGAGAGCGCAGGAGGCGGCGGCGGGUGGAGCGGAGCACGGCGCGCCGGGGCCGCCGCCGGGGGGAUGCGCCUGCCUCCCCGGGCCGGUGUGUAGAGAGGGCGGGUCCCCGGCCUCGGGAGCGCGGCGGUGGAGGGGACGGAGGCGGCGGCGGCCAUGGCGACCCCCAGCAACCUGGGGUCCUCUGUCCUGGCGAGCAAGACCAAGACCAAGAAGAAGCACUUCGUAGCGCAGAAAGUGAAGCUGUUUCGGGCCAGCGACCCGCUGCUCAGCGUCCUGAUGUGGGGGGUAAACCACUCGAUCAAUGAACUGAGCCAUGUUCAAAUCCCUGUUAUGUUGAUGCCAGAUGACUUCAAAGCCUAUUCAAAAAUUAAGGUGGAUAAUCACCUUUUUAACAAAGAAAACAUGCCGAGCCAUUUCAAGUUUAAGGAAUACUGCCCAAUGGUUUUCCGCAAUCUGAGGGAGAGGUUUGGGAUCGAUGAUCAAGAUUUCCAGAAUUCUUUGACCAGGAGCGCACCCCUUCCCAACGACUCCCAGGCGCGCAGCGGGGCACGGUUUCACACCUCCUACGACAAAAGGUACAUCAUCAAGACCAUUACUAGUGAAGAUGUAGCCGAGAUGCACAACAUCCUGAAGAAAUACCACCAGUAUAUAGUGGAAUGUCACGGGGUCACCCUUCUUCCCCAGUUCUUGGGCAUGUACCGACUUAAUGUUGAUGGAGUUGAAAUAUAUGUGAUUGUUACAAGAAAUGUGUUCAGCCACCGUUUAUCUGUAUAUAGAAAAUAUGACUUAAAGGGCUCUACAGUGGCUAGAGAAGCUAGUGACAAAGAAAAGGCCAAAGAACUACCAACAUUGAAGGAUAACGAUUUCAUUAAUAAGGGCCAAAAGAUUUAUAUUGAUGAUAACAACAAAAAAGUGUUCCUGGAAAAACUGAAAAAGGAUGUUGAGUUUCUUGCCCAGCUAAAGCUCAUGGACUACAGCCUGCUGGUGGGAAUUCAUGACGUGGAGCGAGCCGAACAGGAGGAAGUGGAGUGUGAAGAGAAUGAGGGGGAGGAAGAAGGGGAGAGCGAUGGCACCCACCCGGUGGGAACCCCUCCAGACAGCCCCGGGAACACACUGAACAGCUCACCACCCUUGGCUCCAGGGGAAUUCGAUCCUAACAUCGAUGUCUACGGGAUUAAGUGCCAUGAACACUCUCCGAGGAAGGAAGUGUACUUCAUGGCCAUUAUUGACAUCCUUACUCAUUAUGAUGCAAAAAAGAAAGCUGCCCAUGCUGCAAAAACUGUUAAACAUGGCGCUGGCGCAGAGAUCUCAACCGUGAACCCAGAACAGUAUUCAAAGCGCUUUUUGGACUUUAUUGGCCACAUCUUGACGUAACCUCCUGCGUAACCUUGGACGGACAUGAGCAUGGGACGGACAGAGGUGGCUUCAGUGUAGGAAAAAAAUGAAAACCAAACUCAGUAAAGCACUCAUCUUGCAGGAAGCAAACCUCCUUGUUUACAUCUGCGGCCAAGAUGACUGAUUUGGGGGCUCCUCGCUUUACAGCUGCCCGAUCCUUCCCAGCAUCGUUCUAGCUAUUUGACUUGAGUGUGUGCGAGUGCGCAUGGGCGCACACGCGUGUGCAUUUUAAAGUCAUUAAAACCGAUCAGCUUCGGUCAGAAUGUGUUACAACGAAAACCCUCUGAUUCCAGCUGUGGGCCAAUGAAUGAAAUGAAUGAACACAUGAAUGCACAUAUGUGGGGGGAGGGGAAGAAAUGCAUGUCGGAGCAACCAUGUGGGCAUCACAUGAUGAACUGUGGAUCGGUUUAAGUUGGAAAGAUUUGAGACAGUAUUCAUAAUAAUAAUGCAGAUAAUAAUAAUGAUGAUAAUAAUGAUGAUUAAAGGGAAGAAACAUAACUACAAAUGUUACACUUCUACCCGUCACGCAGACACUCCUUUAUAGUUGUAACCCGAGCCCCCAGCACUGGAUGGAAGGAACGCUGGCAUCUCUACAUGUACUGGUUCAGGGUUCUGUCCUUUAACAGUGUCCCCUCCUCCACCAAGAAGCUGAUGUCCCAGUGACUCUGUCUAUACAUUUUCACCUCAGUACAUAUGUCCAGGAAAACUGCUUACUUCUCUUUUCUUGCCUGGAACCUCUACAUCAUUACACCCUUAAGUUGCAGUAUAGGAAUUAAUGCUACAAAAAAAAACAAAGCUUACCUGAAAAGUGCAUAGUUUGGGGCAAUGGUAUCUACAUUUCUCACUGUUGGAACAUGAGCAAAGUGUUCAAACUCAAUUCCUGUUACAGAAUGCAGAUCUGAAUUAUGUUUAUGUCUGACCAUCACUCACAGUGGGAUUUUGUUACAAAUUAUCCCUUUAACUGAAACCCUCAGUUUGACUGUUUACAUUAUUAGGAAAACAGGGAUAUUUUUGAAUCUAAAAAUUUAAUGUACAGCCUGUGAUCUUUGAAGUUUACAUGUAAAGUCAUUUUACAGUAUAGGUGAAAUAAUGUUUAUCAUAGUUUGAGAUGUAUCCUGCAGUCAUGUUUUUGAAUGAAUGUUCUAGAGCACCUGGUGGACAGUCUUAUACAAUAGAAAGGAAAAGGAUUGCUCUGUUUCCUCCAGAUGGACGUUUAUCAACUAAUGAUUUUCUUAAAGAGACUUCACCCAAAUCUGGUUAUGUAAGUUCAUUGCCCUAAACUGUGCUGAUUGUUUUUAAUCAAGUUAUAGAUUUCCAACCUAGAUCAUGCAUCUACCAACUUGCCCACGUUUUCCGAAAGGCGUCAGGCUAAAAUAUUAGACUUGCUUAGAACAGGUUGUCCACUGAUAUGCUGUGUUAAAGCUGUGCCUUUGAAAUUCUUUAAGAUGUGACAUGAUUUUUGUAAGCAGUUUCAGAAAAGGAAAAAAAUCCACUGUUUAAUUAUUACUUACAGCUCAACAAAUCCCCCCCACUCACCCCACCCCCGCCAUGCUGCCUUUUCCAGAAACUUCACUUCAGGACUGUCCAGACUGCAGUUGUGCCCAGUGUAUAUGGACUGAUUCGCAGAACCUUUGGGAGCCAGCAGCAACGUCAUCCCUACUACUAUCUUCUGACUUUACAUAGAUUUGUUAUCCUCAACAGAUGAUGUUAACACCACUGUAACAUAAUUGUACAAAUUUGUAUUUUAUGUAUUUAAAUUGAUGGAUACUGUGAUUUGGUUCCCACCCCACCGCCUCACCAUUAAUAUGGGCAUCAAAUCAGUUUUAGUGUCCUGAAGUUCUCUGGUUUCUUUAACCCAAGGCUACACACGUUAAGACCCUGAUGUCAGGAUAAGGUACACAUACAUCAUUUGAGUAACCGUUUCCUUUGUGGCCAAUCUGUAUAUGCUUUAGAAGUUUACAAAAUGCUUUUAUUUUUGUCUGUAACAGUCUCUGUCAUCUGUUUCUGUUGAUAAACUAUUCGGACAGAAUGAGGAAGUUUGCCUUGUAUCUCCUAGUGCUAACAAGACACUCGUCAUGAGCCGGGCUUUCCAAAAUAAAGCACUUUGACUCACGAAGUGAA